AGACUCACUGGAUUCAUCCAGAACCACCCAGAAGAGUUUUUGCACCAUCCUGAAGAGAUUUACAUCAGUUGACCUUCAGAGUUCAAAGAGCACGUUCUGCAUCUGUCCAGAAGUAGGCUAUUGUCAAACUGUGUUAACAAAGACAAUAAAGACUUUAUAGAAAGCUGACCAGGAGAGAGUCAACAAACAACAUGCAGAUUUUUUGACACAUCAAACAUCUCAGAGGACUGACCAACUCCUUUUUCCAGCUUGAAUUUUCCUGCAAGAUUUCUGUUUCGAAAUGAUCUGAGACUGUUUAUGACAUAUUUCACCGUAGAGUCUGUACAGCAGCUCAGGACGUUGAACUAUACGUCAUGGAGCCAUGACCCGCAUGGAAGAGCAAGGGAAAGACUUCAGCAGCCAGGAUGAAGAUGACAGCCCCAAUGACAGCUGGUCCUGGUUACAGACCAUGAACUAUGUGGGUCAGUUGGCGGGCCAGGUGUUUGUGCAGGUCAAGGAGCUGUACAGAGGACUCAACCCUGCGACGCUGUCUGGAUGUAUAGAUGUCAUCGUGGUCCGGCAGCCCGAUGGCUCCCUGCAGUGCUCCCCCUUCCACGUCCGCUUCGGCAAGAUGGGUGUGCUGCGGUCACGUGAGAAAGUGGUGGACAUAGAGAUCAACGGAGAGCCAGUGAGUUUGCACAUGAAGCUGGGAGAGAAUGGAGAGGCCUUUUUUGUCAAAGAGACGGAGAACACACUGGAAGUAGUUCCGUCCUACCUGGUGACAUCACCCAUCAUGUCUACGGGGGAGGAGUUGAUGGAGUCCCAGCUGGGCAGGGGCAUUUCUCGUCACCACGAGACCAUCCCCUGCAGCUCACUUCCUGUCCAGAGCCUGGGGCCACAACAAAGUGAUGGAGGGAUGGCCAAGAAGAGGAGGAAGAGGAGGAGGAAGGCACGGCCAGAGGGAGGUGGAGUGGGAGGAGGAGGAGGAGGAGGAGGGAGGAGAGAGGAGAGCGAGGAAGAGUUCUCAGAGGAUGACGACAUGUUUACGAUCGACUUGAGUUCAGAUGAGGAGAGAGAGGGUGACAACAGCAGACCUAUGUACAGUGACCAGGGGUCUACAGCUGUCAUGCACACACAUCCCAGCACUGAUUGGACCCAUUCACAGAGUAAUAUGAUUAAGGAGACUCUCUCCAUCCCUCCACCCUGUGGUCUGUCCAUCUCUUGUCCUCAGCAGACCUCUCACUUCUCUUCUCUUGUUAGCAGCCCAGAUGACUCUCGGUCAUCAACGCCAAAGAGUGACUCAGAGCUAACCAGUCAGAAUAAAGAUAAUCCUGAAAUGCUGUGGACCUGGGGGGAGCUGCCACAGGCUGCCCAGCCGUCCUUCCUGACCUCCCACCAGAAGCAGGACCCUGCCGCAGCAGUCUCCAUCCCAGUGUCAGACAGCACUCACUUCAGAGCCAUCAGUGACACUGGAACCCCUUCCCUCACACUCUUUAACACCCAGUCAGGGGAAAGCACUGCUCAUGGUGGGGACAAGGACACUGAAGAAAGCAAAAAUGGAGAUGGACUAACCGCUAAGACUGAGGACAGAGCUGGAAGAGAACAAGGGAGACGGGUGGAAAGUGUUGGGCCAUCAUGUGCAGAGAUGGAGGGUCUAACAGCCUGCUCAGUGUCUCCCAGGAUUCUCCCUGAUCAUCUGGAUGAAGGUGGGAAUAGAGGCAGUCCCAUCAGAAGAACUGAUUCACCAUCGAAGAGGAAAGAAAAGAGAAGCCAACACCUGGGUGCUGAUGGCAUAUACCUGGAUGACAUUACAGAGCUGGAGCCUGAAGUAGCUGCUCUCUACUUCCCUAAAAGUGACGGAGGCAGCAGCUCGAUGAAAGGAGACUCAGAGAUGAUGAUGAUGGGAGUGCGGAGCGCUAAUCAGUCCCCACAGUCGGUGGGCAGCAGCGGGAUGGACAGCGGCGUGGACAGUUUGUCCGACCAAUUAGGGGACCUGCCUCAUGUCGCCAUAUCUUUGUGUGGGGGACUCACUGACAACAGGGAGAUCACAAGAGAGCAGUUCCAGGAGAGGGCAAUUUCCUACCAGCAGUUCUCUGAAAACCCUUCCAUCAUUGAUGACCCUAAUCUAGUGGUCAAGAUAGGGAACAAGUAUUACAACUGGAACACAGCAGCUCCUGUCAUGUUGGCCAUGCAGGUCUAUCAGAAACCUCUGCCGCAGUGUUGGUGUUUGAGUUAUGUGUUUUCUGCUUUUGGCCUCUUCUCAUACUGCCUCCCUGGUCUGUUUGGCUCCAGCCUGUCCCAGCCUGCUUCAGUGGAGAACAUCAUGAAGGAGAAGAUGCCAAAGAAAGGAGGACGCUGGUGGUUCUCAUGGAGGAGCAGGAACAGCGAUUCCAAAUCAGAAUCAGUGACAGAGGCAGGAGACCGAGGAGAGGGCUCACUCACUAUGGCCUCAGUGAACAGAAUGAAGGAUGAGUCAUCCUCAAGUGAUGAGGACCACGGAUCCCCCAUCCAGGUGUCAGGAUCCUGCCAGUCAGAGUCCCUCAUGAGCUCUGGCAGCAUCUGCUAUAAGAAGACUCUACGGCUCACCUCAGAGCAACUGGCUAGCCUGCAGCUGAAGGAGGGUCCUAAUGAUGUGGUGUUCAGCGUGACCACUCAGUAUCAGGGCACCUGUCGCUGCCAUGGCACAAUCUAUCUUUGGAGCUGGGAUGAUAAAAUAAUCAUCUCAGAUAUAGAUGGAACCAUCACCAGGUCUGACACCCUGGGUCACAUCCUCCCCACUCUGGGUAAAGACUGGACCCACCAGGGCAUCGCACGGCUCUACCACAGAGUCAGCCUGAAUGGAUAUAAAUUCAUGUACUGCUCAGCGAGGGCCAUCGGCAUGGCUGAUAUGACGAGAGGGUACCUGCACUGGGUCAAUGAGAGGGGAACCAUGCUGCCAAUGGGGCCAGUGCUGCUCAGCCCGAGCAGUCUUUUUUCUGCCCUCCACAGGGAGGUGAUUGAGAAGAAACCAGAGAAGUUUAAGAUCGAGUGUCUGUCUGACAUCAAGCACCUUUUCUACCCAAACACUGAACCUUUCUAUGCUGCCUUUGGCAACAGAGCUACGGAUGUAUAUUCCUAUAAGGAGGUUGGUGUUCCUCUGAACAGGAUUUUCACCGUCAAUCCCAAGGGGGAGCUGAUACAGGAGCAUGCCAAAACCAAUAUCUCCUCCUUUGGGCGUCUCUGCGAUAUGGUCGACCACGUCUUCCCAGUCCUAGUUCAAGAUGAGGAGGCAGACUUUCCCUGCUCUGAUACAUUUGGCCAGUGCAACUACUGGAGCAAACAACUUCCUGAUGGAGCAAACCAGGAAGAAGAAGAAGACCCACAGCACCUUGAGACAAGCUGAGGAAACAUCAUGGAAACCAGCAUCAAGGCUACAGCGUUGCAGCUUUUCAUCGCACGACACUGGUCAGUGGUUUUGUGAUUCAUCAUGAAGCUGGCAGCUCAGAUUAAAAGUGAAGAUGCUGAUUAUUUGAGAAUUAAAGACUUAUCCAAGAACAGUGUUGGAAAAUCACACAAGACUUGAGCUAUGUGGCUCCUUCAAGGUUUAAAAAUGUUACUUAAGAUAUGUGUCUGCGACUACUGAUUCAAAGUAGUAGUAGUUUUUAAUAUUCCACAUAAACAAAUCUGUGCCAUCGUUCAACAGUGAGAACACAAGCAGUCCUGGAGACUCAUACUAUGAAACCCAAAGGUAGAAAGCCAUAUUACAGUGAAUCUAUAGGGGCAUUUAAGUUGAAAACAAAAAAGAGGAACAAGAGCAGGAAACCUCAAAAAUCAGCACUAAGGGUAAAAUAUAGGAAAUAGACUGCUGUGUCAGAAAAAUCGUUUAAAAAAAACAAACAACAAAAAAAAAGAAUUUCAACAGUUGCUUGGGAGUGACACUAACUGACGGUUCUGCCCAAGGAAGAUUCACAUAUUGCACGUUUGCAAGUGCACUGACAUGCAACACACGCACAAACACACAAUACAAACAAGAGUAAAUCUUGUGAAUGCAUUCCACAGACAAUGCACAACACUGCAGAACACGAAUAUAAUAUAUUUCACUGCAUGUUUUUUUAAAGCUCUGUAGGACUGAUAACCACUCUCUCCUUCAUCCCACACCGCUCUGUACUUACACUGGUGGAUAGAAAAGCUGCCACACAAAACAUACGCUUGCAAGGGAAGAAUUUUUGUCACAGAUGCACCAAUGCAGGCUGGUAUAAAAUCAGUCUAUCUGUCCUCAUAAUACCUACUGCUUUGUUUAAUAUUAUACAAGGCACACAAAUUACAUAUUCAGUAAAUUGAGUAAGAAUUUUUUUCACAGAAAUCCUACUGUACUUCACAAAUUCUAAAUAAGCAACCCUUUAAGAUCACUCAUAUAACCAGCCUCCACAGCUGACAAUAAAAUGUGAAUUACACACUCAACCUCUUGGUGCAUCACUCAUUUUUUAGAAUGUUUAGGAAAGAAUCUUGACUUUUUCCUGACCUCAGAUAACACUUUGCACCAGAAACACCACAUUGCAUUACAGUAAAACCAUGUAGAACAUGCAAAAAAUUGUUUGUGUAUCCAAUCAUCUUCUGUGCCAACCUCCUUUGCAGGUCCAGCUAAAUGCGGGUGGUCGUUUGACCGUGCUACUGUGAAAGAUGUGGCUCUGGUACAUUUUCUAACAAAUGUUCAGUGACUAUACUCAAGAUAAAUGCAGGACAAUGCAACUAACUUCAGUCUAUGUUCUUUAUGUCUGUUUUUAUAUGCGUGAAUAAAUUAACUCCAGUGAUAUGCUAGAAUGUAGUACAUACAGUAAAUCACUCACAGUAUGUGUUAUUCUAAUGACUAAUGCUCAUCAAUGCAAUUACUGUGUAAACCAUAUACACGAUAUGGUUAUAUAUUUUCAGUUUUAUGAUGUUGUCACUGCACAGAUCUGUAUACUUUUUAUGUACAGCACUGCUCUGUCCUGUAGUGGACAGUUAAAUGCAGUAUAUUUAGACAUUGUAAGAUUUUCUCCCCACAAACACAUCUAAUUUUUGUUGUUGUUUGUAUUUCUUUCAUCUACCAGACGUUUAUCUUCUCAUCCACUGAUCAAAUUCCAGUUAUUGUAAUGCAUUUAUGGGAGGUUGAAGCCUGUCUGUUCAUUUUUACCAUGUGUAUAACUUAAAAUGGGGGAAACCACUGUAAAUAAUGAAUAAUAUUCAUUUUUUGAUUAUAUGAAGUGAACAAAAAAAGCUUUUGACAGCUUAGAUAUUGUCUAAAAUACUUUCUUAUUGGUGCUUAUUCAAAAUGCACUUGCAUCCAUUGCUAUAAUUAACUCUCUAGUAAAGUUAGCAGUAGUUAGCAGUUUUCACCAUAUGACCACUAAAGCAAUAGAUCAACAUGUAGUAUAUAUAUAUAUAUAUAUAUAUAUAUAUAUAUAUACACAUACAUACACACAUAUAUAUGUGUGUGUGUGUGUGUAUAGGUUUCAUUUGUUGCCUCCACUUUAUCUUGGGCAACAAGUUGGCUAGUUUUCUUGCAAAAUAAAGAGCAACAUCAACCCAUGUAAACUUCCUCUGUUUACCCAGAAAAACAGGUAGUAGGGUAGUUGAAAGUAGUUUUAAUGCCUGACAGCUUCAAGAAAAUUAUUUGAAGUCAUCUUCAAAAAAAAUCUUAAAGUAAUUCACUACAUUUAGUUAGAAUUUCACAAAGAUAUUUGUACUCUGAUAUUAAUGUGUGCUAGAUUGACAAAAACAAGUGAAAUCAAAAUGCCAGAACACUGUUAGUAAGAUCUCUGAUUGGUUGUAACUGACUGUUAUCCUGUUUGUACAUACGUAGAUAUGUCUGAUGCUGUACUGUCAUUGACUCUCUAAAGGAAAAUUAAUCAGGAAUUAACCUUUAACUGAAUAAUGUUUAUAUUCCUCUGAGGGAUCCGGUGUUAUUUGUGCAAGAGGAAAAGAUGCAUGUUGUUGUAACGUUAAACUGCAUAUUUACGUGGACAUAAUGAUGACUGUCUUGUCACCUAAUUGUUGUAUGGAAGUAUAUCGCUUAGAAAAAUAGGGAAAACUGAUUAAAUAGUUUGGCUUCCCUAUCUCACAAUUAUAAGAUCGUUUUCCACCAGUUAUGAGAUAAAACCAUCAUUACUUUGACAUGAUUUAGUAUUUUUAUUAGCACAUCAGACAUGCACAGAUGUGUCAAGUGUCAAGUCAAUGUGUCAACUGAUGGGGCCAAAAGUACAGAGCUCUUUAAUCUGUGCGAGGUCGGUGGCAUUUAAUCUGAUAAUCCUAAAAUCUCUCUGUUGAUUUUUUUGUAAUUACAGUAUAAGGAUCUCCUAGUUAUAUGAUCUUAUUUAUGAAAUAUGGAAGUCAAAAGUACGAUAACAUAUGAUUCUUCUUCUUAAUGAACUCAGUGCUCUUCCCACAUGUUUAGAGUAAAUCAUCUUUUUGAUGAUUAUCACCUCAUUCUUUCUGUGAAAGAUCUAUUAAAGGUCUUGACUAGUUAUCCAGUCUGUCUCUGUGCUGACAUGAAUGCUGAUCCAUUUUGCUUCCCUUUGUAAAGGUUAUGUUUUGGGCACUAAGCAGCAGUUUACCAAGCAGUGUGCAGUGCAAGCUAUUGUUAACAAAGUAGUUUGAAUAAAUCUGAGCAGUGGACACAUUUUUCAAUAAACUCACAUCUGACUGCUUUGUUGCGUUA